AUGGCUACAGAGAAUUGGGUACAGGAAAUGGAGGAGAUCAUGGUUGUACUCUACUACACGGACAAGCAGAAGGUCUAUUAUGCCGCAUUCAAGAUGACCGGGGAGGCGAAACGAUGGUGGCUUUUUGCGAAGCUUCUAAAGGACCAGAGGCUGGAAAAGAUAGCUCUUACCUGGGAGAGAUUCAAGGAGCUGUUCUUUUAUAGGUAUUUUCCUUUAUCUUUUAGAGAGGAAAAGAUUGAGGAAUUUACUAAUCUAACCCAGGAGGAGAUGACUGUUGCAGAAUAUGCAGCAAAAUUUGUGGAGCUUUAUCGCUUCGCACCAUUUUUGAUUCUAAAUAAGGCAAGGAAGGUUGAGAAAUUUGAAAAAGGACUGAGGCACAGAAUAUAUGAGCUGGUGGUGGGGUUUCAAGUUCAGACUUUCUUAGGUUUAGUUAAUAAGGCUUUGGUGCUGGAAAAGAGUAUCUAG